AUGGCUGCCCCUCAGGACACGGACAUCACCCAGUGGCUGGCCACAGUGCACCUGGAGCAGUACGCAACCACGUUCCAGAGGCACGGCCUGGUUACAGCAGCAGCGGCCCGGGGCCUGGGUCAUGAGGAGCUGAGGCAGUUGGGCAUCAGCGCUACCGGGCACCGGAAACGCAUUCUGCGCCUUCUGCAGGCGAGUGCUGCGAAGGGCGUCCCAGAUCCCCAGUUGGAUAAUACCAUGGAGCCGGCCACUCCCAGCUCUGCCCCCCCAGCCCAGACUGCCAAACCAGUGCCCAGGCCCAGGACAGUGUUCACUGGGCUCAGUGGCCCUACCACCUCCCAGAGGCCUGGCUGGAACUCAGCCUUCUGGAGACCAGAAGCUUCCAGAAGCCUCGAGUCCAGCCUGGGAUCCACACCCAACUCCUCCACAUCUGAGCUGCCUUCAACCCCCAAAACUAUGGAGAUGCUGCCCAACACCCUCUACUUUGGCCUGGACUCAAGAGCAAGGACACAGACACCUCAGGACACUGUCCCAGACAGUUCCCAGACAGCUGCCCCCACCCCUGCUCUCAGGCCCACGGCAGGCACAGUACAUAUCAUGGAUCCUGGUUGCCUAUACUAUGGUGUCCAGCCUGUGGGGGUCCCAGGGACCCCCGACAGAAGAGAAGGACGAGGACUCUGUCAAGACAGGGCUGAACACGGGCUCAACAGGCAUGACCGGGAGGAUGCUGGCUAUGCCAGUCUGGAGCUGCCUGGGGAGGCCACCCUCUCACUGGCCACCCUGGACAUAGAGGAGACCAGCGAUGACCUCAUUUCUCCUUACGCCAGCUUCUCAUCCACGGCCGACCGUCCUACACCCCUACUCAGUGGCUGGCUAGACAAGCUCUCCCCUCAGGGAAACUACGUCUUCCAGAGGCGCUUUGUGCAGUUCAACGGGAGAAGUUUGAUGUACUUUGGCAGUGACAAGGACCCCUUUCCCAAGGGCGUGAUCCCUCUGACUGCCAUAGAGAUGACCCGCAGUAGCAAGGACAACAAAUUCCAGGUCAUCACCGGCCAGAGGGUGUUCGUAUUUCGCACAGAGAAUGAGGCUCAGCGGGAUACAUGGUGCACCACCCUGCAGUCCUGCCUGAAGGAGCAGCGCCUCCUAGGCAACCCCCGGCCCCCCCAGCCGCCACGCCCACUCCGAGUGGGCACUCUGGAGCUACGGGGACACAAGGCCAAGGUGUUUGCCACCUUGAACCCUGGAGAGCUAGCACUGUACAAGAGCGAGCAGGCUGCCUCCCUGGGCAUCGGCAUCUGUUUCAUUGACCUGCAAGGCUGCAGCGUCCGUGAAAUCAAGAGCCGAAGCUUUGACCUUCUUACACCAAAUCGCUGCUUCAGCUUCACAGCCGAAUCUGGGGAUGCUCGGCAGAACUGGGCGGCCGCUCUGCAGGAAGCAGUAACAGAGACCCUGUCUGACUAUGAGGUGGCUGAGAAGAUCUGGUCGAAUAGGGCAAACCGACACUGUGCAGAUUGCGGGGCCUCACGUCCAGACUGGGCCGCUGUCAACCUGGGUGUAGUCAUCUGCAAGCAGUGCGCGGGGCAGCACCGGGCCCUGGGAUCAGGGAUCUCCAAGGUGCAGAGCCUGAAGCUGGACACUAGUGUGUGGAGUAACGAGAUUGUGCAGUUGUUCAUUGUCCUGGGAAAUGAUCGUGCCAACCGCUUCUGGGCAGGGGCUCUGCAAGCAGGUGAGGGCCUGCUUCCAGAUGCCAGCCCUGGAUCCCGAGGAGACUUCAUUUCCCGGAAGUACCGGCUGGGUCUCUUUCGGAGGCCCCAUCCUCAGUAUCCAGAUCAUAGUCAGCUUCUCCAGGCGCUAUGCUCUGCUGUUGCAGGCCCCAACCUGCUGAAGACCAUGACGAAGCUCCUCUGUGCUGAGAUCCCUGAGGGAGAUGAGCCCUGGUCCCCCUCGACCCUUGAAGGUGGCUUUCCUGGUAUCCUGCCUCCAGAUCUCUCCCCAGGCGUGUACAACGAGGUGGUGGUACCUGCCACUUACAGUGGCUUCCUGUACUGUGGCCCCAUCAGUCACAAAUCUGGGCCCCCACCGCCUCGAAAGGGCCGAAAUGCUCCUCCCCGGCUGUGGUGUGUGCUGGGAGCAUCCCUGGAGAUGUUUGUGUCAGAAAACAGCACUGAAACCCUUGGCCUAAUCCAGUCCCAGGACGUUGUAUGUUUAGGUGUGAGCCCCCCUCCGACCAACUCAGGAGACCUUGACAGGUUCCCUUUUUCCUUUGAGCUCAUCCUCACUGGGGGGCGGAUCCAGCACUUUGGCACAGAUGGUGCUGACAGUCUGGAGGCCUGGACCAGCGCAGUGGGCAAGUGGUUCUCCCCGCUGAGCUGUCACCAACUCUUGGGCCCUGGGUUGCUGCGGCUGGGCCGUCUGUGGCUUCGCUCCCCCUCCCAUACAGCCCUGGAUCCUGACCUCUGGCUGUCAGGGUUCGGCCUUCUUCGUGGGGACCACCUUUUCUUGUGUCCGGGACCAGGACCUGAACCCCAAGCCCCUGAGGACAUGGUGCAUCUGAGGAGGCUCCAGGAAAUCAGUGUGGUCUCUGCAGCUGACACCCCAGACAAGAAGGAACAUUUGGUUCUGGUGGAGACAGGAAGGACCCUGUACCUACAGGGUGAGGGUCGGCUGGACUUCUCAGCAUGGAACGCUGCCAUUGGGGGUGCAGCAGGAGGGGGCGGAACCAGUCUGCAGGAGCAGCAGAUGAGCCGGGGUGAUAUCCCCAUCAUCGUAGACGCCUGCAUAAGCUUUGUCACCCAGUAUGGACUCCAGCUGGAGGGCGUCUAUCGGAAAGGGGGCGCCCGAGUACGCAGCCUGCGGCUCCUGGCUGAGUUCCGGCGGGACGCCCGCUCAGUGAAGCUGCAUCCCGGGAAGCACUUCGUGGAAGAUGUCACUGACACCCUCAAACGCUUCUUCCGGGAGCUCGAUGACCCCGUGACUUCUGCACGGAUGCUACCGCGCUGGAGGGAGGCUGCCGAACUUCCCCAGAAGAAUCAGCGCUUAGAAAAAUACAAAGAAGUGAUAGGCUGCCUGCCUUGGGUCAACCGCCGCACACUGGCCACCCUCAUCGGCCAUCUAUAUCGGGUGCAAAAGUGUGCAGCUCUCAACCACAUGUGCACACGGAACCUGGCCCUGCUGUUUGCGCCCAGUGUGUUCCAGACUGAUGGGCGCGGGGAGCAUGAGGUGCGGGUGCUCCAAGAGCUCAUUGACAGCUACGUCUCUGUUUUUGACAUCGAUUCUGAUCAGGUAGCUCAGAUUGACCUGGAGGUCAGUCUAAUCACCACCUGGAAGGAUGUGCAGCUGUCCCAGGCUGGAGACCUCAUCAUGGAAGUUUAUAUAGAGCAGCAGCUCCCAGACAACUGUGUCACCCUGAAGGUGUCCCCAACCCUGACUGCGGAGGAGCUGACGAAUCAGGUACUAGAGAUGCGGGCGACAGCAGCUGGAACAGACUUGUGGGUGACAUUUGAGAUUCGAGAGUACGGGGAACUUGAGCGCCCCUGCACCCUAAGGAAGAGAGUCCUAGAGGCAGGGCACAACUAUGGUGCAAACCUUCCAGAGCCUUGCUCAGCCUCCUUGAUCUUGAAAAAAGUCUCCCUGGCCCAGGCUGUCUGCCUCGUCACCGGCAUCCGGCGGGAGAACCCUCGGAUGGGGUUGCUGCGCUGUCGGGAGGAGCCAUCCCGCUUGCUAGGAAACCGCUUCCAGGAGAGGUUUUUUCUGCUGCGGGACCGCUGCCUGCUGCUGCUCAAGGAGAAGAAAAGCUCUAAACCAGAACGGGAGUGGUCCUUGGAAGGAGCCAAGGUGUACCUGGGGAUCCGUAAAAAGUUAAAGCCUCCAACACAGUGGGGCUUCACACUACUACUGGAGAAGAUGCACCUCUAUCUGGCCUGCACUGAUGAGGAUGAGAUGUGGGACUGGACCACUAGCAUCCUCAAAGCCCAGCAUGAUGACCAACAACCAGUGGUCCGGCGCCGCCGUUCUUCCUCAGAUCUUGCCCGGCAGAAGUUUGGCACGAUGCCCUUACUGCCCAUCCGUGGGGAUGACACCAGCGCCAGCCUCCUAUCCGCCAAUCAGACCCUGCGGCGACUUCACAACCGAAGGACACUGUCCAUGUUCUUUCCCAUGAAGUCAUCUCAGGGGUCUGUGGAGGAGCAAGAGGAACUAGAAGAACCUGUGUAUGAGGAGCCAGUGUACGAGGAAGUGGGGGCCUUCCCCGAGCUGACCAAGGAUACAUCUGCCACCUUCUCCAUGUCACAGUCAGAGGCCCUCCCUGCCACUCCGAAGCCCUUUGAUCCAUUGCUUCUCUCCAAGGCAAGCACCCUGGGCCUGGAAGAGAAGCUCCCUGAGCCUCCUCUGAGCCCCCCUUCAAGGAGAAGCCCCCCGGCACAGGGAUCCCUGGAGGAGCAGCUGCUCCAUGAGCUCAAUCUCAUCCUGAGGAAGGGAGAUACCCUGGGUAGCUCCUCCCAGGCCUCCAGCCCCGAUGCCACAAACCCUAAUUGCCUUCCAACACACAAAUCUGGCUUCCUUGCUCAGCCCCCCUGUAACUCCAGUCCUCCUUCCAGCCAACCCCUUACCUGAGUGUAGGGACACCGAACUAAGGGGUAGGUAAUGGAGAUCCAAGCUCUCACUGUGCCAGACACUACUGGGGGCUUCCUCUGCUCUGGCUGGGGGACUCCAGAGUCCAGAGUGGCUCUGUUCUUUGGAAGGAGCACAGGACUGAGGGCUCCAGGGACUGGGUCCUGUCUGGAGAAGGGCAGGUCACAGCCCCUCUGGGCCUCAGUUCACUUACCUGUACCCUGAGGUAGUGGACAAGGAGAGCAGUGAACGCCAAAUCUUGGCUCAGAGCUCGAAGUCCCACUUACUUUUCACAGUGAACUUUAGUCCUGCUUUAUAUAUCUGAUCUGAAAGGUGUCUGUCAGAGAUUUGGGGUUUUAAAAGAUUGUUUUUAUAUAUAGUACUACAGAGAUAAUGCCUUACACACAGACAACCUGGAUUUAAUUCCUGGCAUCCUAUAUGGUCCCUGAAUCCUGCAAGGAAUGUACCCUGAGCACAGAGCCAGAAGUCAGCUCUGACAAUGACCAGAUGUGGCCCCCAAAUCAAGAGUCUUUUUUAUUAAGGAAAAAAUUGGGGUGGAGAGACAAUUCAGUGUUUGAAGAGCUCGCCUUGCAUGAGUUAGACACUGGUUUGGUUCCUGGCACCACAUGAUUCCCUAAGUGGUGUGUGGUUCAACCUGCCUCCGGACCAGAAAAAGCAUCUGAAGGUCAGAACUGCUGAGCUUCAUAUCUACUCUACUGCACCCCUGACAUGUGAGAGCAAUGUUGAAGCUCUCUAGAGGAUGGGGUCAAUGAGUGUUGGAAGUUGGGCCAAAGAGUUGUCAGAAAACGACGGAUCACUGUUAAUAAACCCUGAAAUUC